AUGGCUUCCCCUGCCACGCUUCCUUCCUCUCCGCCAUGGGCCCCCCUCUCCUCUCCGCCACUCGUCGAUCCGCGUUAUCAGCAGCGGGAAGCCGCCGAGCUGCCCGAACGAAGCCCGUCGCCAUCUGUCGCUGCGAUUCCAGCGGCGAUAGCAGCGGUUCCGGCGAUCGUAACGGCUUCGGCGCCGGCGUGUCUGGGUGCAGCGGGUGCUGGAGUAGGAGGGGUGUGUUUAAGUGAUUUUAACGAGGGAGAGCUGAUCCGGUUCCUUCGGCCGUGCGAGCAUCAGUUCCACGUGGCGUGCAUCGACCAUUGGCUCGCCACCAAGACCACGUGUCCCGUGUGCCGAACGGACCUCCAAUCGCCAGAUCCUAUUGCAAUUACCGAUGAAUCUGAGGUACGAACGGAUAAGGUGGAGGGAGGAGACAACGCGGUCUGA